UUUUCUGGCCUCUGAUUGGUUGAUUCGUCGUAGCCUCCCGCCUCCUCGCUCGCAUCCUGAUCUUCUGCUCCACCUAACGGGAAGCAGAGACGGCCGCUUAAUCUUUUGGAGAAAGGGAGGCUUAAAAACACCAUUUCUCUUUUGCCUCUCCGCCUCCAGUCAGGAUGAUCCACAGCCUGUUCCUCAUCAACGCUUCGGGGGACAUUUUCCUGGAGAAGCACUGGAAAAGCGUGGUCAGUCGCUCCGUCUGCGACUACUUCUUCGAGGCGCAGGAGCGCGCCUCCGAGCCGGAGAACGUUCCGCCGGUGAUCCCCACGCCUCACCACUACCUCAUCAGCGUGCUCAGGCACCGGAUCUACUUUGUGGCCGUCAUACAGAGCGAGGUGCCGCCGCUCUUCGUCAUCGAGUUCUUGCACAGAGUUGUGGACACCUUCCAGGACUAUUUUGGAGUCUGUACAGAAGCGGCGAUAAAGGACAAUGUAGUUGUGGUGUACGAGCUGCUUGAGGAGAUGCUGGACAACGGCUUCCCCCUGGCAACAGAGUCCAACAUCCUCAAAGAGCUCAUAAAGCCUCCCACCAUCCUCCGCACCAUGGUCAACACCAUUACAGGCAGCACCAACGUGGGCGAGCAGCUCCCCACCGGCCAGCUCUCCGUGGUGCCAUGGCGACGCACCGGCGUCAAAUACACAAACAACGAAGCCUACUUUGAUGUGGUGGAAGAGAUUGACGCCAUCAUUGAUAAAUCAGGAUCGACCAUCACGGCAGAGAUUCAGGGCGUGAUCGACGCCUGUGUGAAACUGACCGGCAUGCCCGACCUCACGCUCUCCUUCAUGAAUCCUCGGCUGCUGGAUGACGUCAGUUUCCACCCGUGCGUGCGGUUCAAGCGCUGGGAGGCGGAGCGGAUCCUCUCCUUCAUCCCACCUGACGGAAACUUCCGGCUGCUCUCCUACCACGUCAGCUCCCAGAACCUGGUGGCCAUCCCCGUUUACGUCAAACACAACAUCACCUUCAGGGAGGGAAGCUCGCAGGGCCGCUUCGACCUGACUUUAGGCCCCAAACAGACCAUGGGGAAGGUGGUGGAGUCGGUGUUAGUGAGCAGCCAGCUGCCGCGAGGCGUCCUCAACGUAAACCUCAACCCCUCACAGGGCACCUACACCUUUGACCCCGUCACCAAGCUGUUGUCAUGGGAUGUUGGGAAGAUCAACCCGCAGAAGCUUCCCAGCCUCAAAGGCACCAUGAGCCUGCAGGCCGGAGCCUCCAAACCCGACGAGAACCCCACCUUCAACAUCCAGUUCAAGAUCCAACAGAUGGCAAUCUCAGGGCUGAAGGUCAACCGGCUGGACAUGUACGGAGAGAAGUACAAACCUUUCAAAGGCAUCAAGUACAUGACCAAAGCCGGCAAGUUCCAGGUCCGGACAUGAAGCUCUGCUGCUGCGCGAGCUCGGGACCAAACCUCCAUCAGGAGGGUGGGGUUGGGGGGGCUGGUUUAUGUGUGUUUGCAUUGGGCCUCUCAGCUCCACCCACAGAUCAAUGUAGCAGCUGAUGGAGCUCUGACCUUGAAACUUCUCCUCCUCCGUCCACACUGAACUCAGUUUAGCCCAAAUGAUGGUUCUGCUCAUGUUUGGACCCCUCUUUUAGGGUUUGGGCCAAACCAAAUCAUCCAAAAAAAAAAAAUAAGCAGAAUUCACAUAAACAAAUGUGUUUAAAAUGUGGGUAGGAAAAAGUAAGAACAAAAUGUCCUCCUUUUUUAUUUUUAUCAGUUAUAUCAAAAUAGGGUGCUUCUUCUUUUUUCGUUUGUUUUGGUCUUCUGUUUGUUCUACAGCAUUUCCAAUGACUGUGGCCCAGUCAGGCUGGUACUAAUUUAAUCCUUUAUGGUCCAAACUUCAGCCCAGCCCUCACCUGUUUUACAUUUCAGGUGUUAUUUAUUCAAAUGAUGCUGAAAAUCAUUUUUUUUCCCUUUUUCAACAUGUUUUUUUUAAGCUUUAACUCAGUCUGUGCAUUCAAUAUUUAAACUAAAAAGGACAUUUAUGGUAUUUUAUCAUUUAUCUAUUACAACAACAACAACGUUCCUUGUUCCUGUGUAACAAGAUUCUGACUGUCGCCGUGGCAACUGCAGGAGUCGAAGGGAUCCACGCUUCCCCUCGUCCCCUGCGUGUAAAACCGGCCAGCCGUCAUUCCCUGUUUUGCAUUUGUUUGCAUGGAACAAGCCAAAAAUGGUGAUAAAUGAGUGAUUAUGGAGCUUUUUAAUGAGACGAGGUACACUCAGAGGCCUGCAGUUUGUGUUUACAGCCUUCGGUUUUCUGCAGCCUCUGACUGAAUGUUGCUACGAUGAAAAUAAAGAAUCAGUGUGCUGAAA